AUGGGUUUAGCUUUUUCCGGGAUCCACAAUAUUCAGAAGAAGCUCAAUGAAGUGAAGGAUUUAGCAUCUAAUAGAAGCCUAUCUAAUGAUGAGAUAAAGGCUAAGAGAGAAUUACAGCAAGAAUUGUGGGAGGCCUCAACAGCUUAUGAAUCUUUAUUAAGGCAGAAAUCUAGAGCUAAAAGGCUAAAAGAAGGGGACAACAACUCAGCUUAUUUCCAUAAAGUCAUCAAUUUCAGAAGACAUUAUAAUGGUCUUCAAGGAAUUCUCAUUCAGGGUGAAUGGAUUCAAAACCCCAAUGAUGUUAAGAAGGAGGCUGAGCAGAGGGAGUUUUUGGUUGUUCCUUUUUUGGAUUUGGAGAUCAAAGAAGCAGUGUGGAGUUGUGAUGGGGACAAAUGUCCUGGACCUGAUGGCUUCAACUUCAAAUUCAUUAAAGAAUUUUGGGAAAUGCUGAAAACUGACUUCAGAAGAUUUGUAGAUGAAUUCCAUGUGCAUGGCAGCUUCCCUAGAGGCAAUAAUGCUUCUUUCAUAGCUCUAAUUCCCAAAACCAAACACCCCUAG